GAGGGAGAGUGCGAGGGAGAGAGAGAAGCAGAAGUGGAGCGACUCCGGAGGAGAGCAGAGCAGUCAUCAGUGUGUGUUGGUUGAACACACACCUGCCGUCGUGUCUGAAGGAGAGCUGCGUCUGAUGGAUUCUCAUUUUUAAAACCUGACUGAACUGUGCGUGCUGGACUUGAGAAUGAUGGAGAACAACACGACUGUCUUUCAGGACGUGGCUCGCGUCGUGAAUCUGACAGAAAUGCCUCUGAACCCUCUUGAAGAACAAGUUGUAACAAUAUUUUUGACGAUGCUCAUAUGCGGUGUUGGGAUUGCAGGGAACGUUAUGGUUGUGCUUGUUGUUCUGCGUACCAAACACAUGGUGACACCGACCAACUGCUACCUGGUCAGUUUGGCAGUCGCUGACCUCAUCGUGCUCCUGGCUGCAGGUCUGCCUAACAUCUCUGAUGUCAUCGCCUUCUGGAUUUAUGGCUACACAGGAUGUCUGUGCAUUACCUACCUUCAGUACCUGGGCAUCAACGUGUCCUCCUGCUCCAUCACGGCAUUCACCAUUGAGCGGUACAUUGCUAUCUGUCACUCCAUUAAAGCCCAGUUCUUAUGCACCGUGUCACGGGCCAAAAGGAUCAUAGCAGCAGUCUGGAUCUUCACCUCUCUCUACUGCACCAUGUGGUUCUUCUUGGUAGACACUGAUGAGACCGUCUACACCAACGGGGUGGUCGUCACCUGUGGGUACCGCGUCUCCAGGAGCCUGUAUAUGCCGAUCUACUUCCUGGACUUCACUCUUUUUUAUGUGAUCCCUCUGAUUGUGGCCACCGUGCUGUACGGGCUCAUUGGAAAGAUUCUGUUCAUGAGUCCUCUGCCGUCGCAGCUGAUGGACCGAGCAGGAGGAGUAUCAGUCCACCAGGGUCUCUCCCACAGCACCAACAAGUCCAGCAAGGGAACGGUCACCACUAGAAAACAGAUAACUAAGAUGCUAGCUGUGGUGGUCAUCCUGUUUGCUCUGCUGUGGAUGCCUUACCGAACACUGGUGGUGGUCAACUCCUUCAUCGACCCGCCUUACCACAACACCUGGUUCCUGCUCUUCUGCCGCAUGUGCAUCUACACCAACAGUGCCAUUAACCCCAUCAUUUACAACCUCAUGUCCCAGAAGUUUCGCGUUGCAUUCAAGAAGCUCUGUAGGUGCAACAGGCAGCACAGGGAGGCCGAGUACAAUGCUCCAAUUUACUACAGCGUGAUGAAGAAUUCGUCUCACGGGAGCAACGAACCGGUCACUGAGCAGGAGGAACUCAGUGGGCAAACACCAAACAGGUUAAACAUGAAAGAAGAUGAUGAUAGCAUGCUCAGUAUCUCCUAAAAAAGCUUUGACGUUUUUGUUCGAUUGCUUCGAAAACUAGUGUUUGCAUGAAACAUGACCCCUGUCUUUAGCACUUAGGUUUUCUGUUAUUUAUAUACGGAAAUGUCACAGAAAUGUGUGAAUAUUCUUUAAAUGUGUGUUUUGAUGUACAAGUGUGGUUCUGCAGCACCAGGCUGCAAAAAAAUACGGGAAGAUUUUCAGUGUAACAUUUAAAAACAGCCCUGGGCAUUUUUAUAUCAGCCAUUUUGGUUUAGGUUGAGAAAUAAAGUACAACUUAAAAAUGA